AUUGACUGCUACUACUGCUACUACUGCUACUACUCUGCUACUCUAUCUACUAUUAACUGCUACUACUACCACCGCUGCAUUGCUACUGACAUUGCUACUGCACAACGUAUGAUGCAUGACUUCACUUGACACACCACACGCAUUCUCUCUCCAGUUCUCCCUCAACUACAUAGACUACGAACUCUACCCACCCACUCCCCUAGACCAGCAGCGCAAUGCCUUUGACAGCAACGAUGCACACUUCCAAAGUGUCCCCGUCAUCCGCAUCUUUGGCCGUACAGAUGCAGGACAGCAUGUCUGCGCCCUCAUACACGGCGCAUACCCCUACAUGUUUAUCGAGUACAAGGGAAAGCUAGACUCCCACAGCAUCAACCUCAAUUGCCUCAAGCUGCAUGAAAGCAUCAAUGUCACCCUUGCCACCACCUACAGACGCAACCCGCAUGAUGAUACGAGCACCUUUGUCGCAGAUAUUACUGUUUGCAAAGCAACACCCUUCUAUGGCAUGCACGCAGGGUGGCGCUACUACUUCAAGAUCUCUCUGCUCAGUCCCAAGCACAUGACACGUCUCGCUGACUUGCUGAGACAGGGAUCCAUCUUUGGCGGUCCCUGCCAGCCGUACGAAUCUCAGCUGCCCUACCUCAUUCAAUUCAUGAUUGACUACAACCUCUAUGGGUGUGCACCCGUACGCUGUGCUCACGUAGCCUUUCGACAUCCAUUGCCCGAGCCGUUGUCCAAUACCUUCUCAUCUCUUGGCAAUACGGGACAAUCGCAGCAUACGCUGCACGGCUCUGAAACGCUGCAUACUGGCAAUAUCCCAAAACAGCAUCAGCUGGAUCCAGAGCAUUUCCCGCGUCAGUCACAUACGACGCUCGAGGUGGACAUUGCAACAAGUCAAAUCCUCAAUCGUCUUGUACUCAAGCAGCGCAUCCUCCACAAGAAUCUGCAAGCCGAGCACUGGACCGGUGGGACAACCUUGCCCUCAUUGCAGGAGCUCUGGCAUGAAGAAGCUGCGCGUCGAGAGUCGAUGGGAAUGUCCUUUGAUAUGCGUGGCUACAUUAGUACAGAGUCGCGGGCUCGAUCGACUUUCUGGACCAAUGAAGACGAUCUCAAGAAACGGUAUGAACAAGUCUUGCAAGCAGACCAGAGUCAACAUCCUGAUCUGCCCGAUUCUGAUACAAUACCUACUUCAUUCGAGGCGAUUGAGGUCUUCGCUCAACGACAAGCACUCUUGGUGAGUCUCAAUAAGGGCACAUUGCCACAUACCGGCUUAUCGCAAGAUCGCAUUGCUUCCAUUCGCAAAAUUGAUGAAGAACGACAGCUCUUCAUGUCAAGUCAGCGUAGUGGACCGCCACCAACUCCGGGUCGCGCCCAGUUCCAAUCUGCAACAAUGACUGACUUGGCCCGAACGAUACAACCAUCAAGCGUGGCGCGACAUUUCCUGGUACAACGCCUUCGUGGAGGCGGUCGCUUCAACUAUCAUCCACCGCCUUCACCAGCGGAUCUUGCACAAAACAGCCUGCAACACUUGAGCAGUGCGUUUCCAGCACCGCAUUAUGGCGACCCAGCAGAUUUUCCAGCCAUCACCAAAGACUUCCAUGGCGUCACACCUCGAUCAGAUCAUCCAGCUCACAUUUCAUCCUUUCUACCAAGAACCGGUCAGGCACGGUGUAAGUCUUGGUCAUAUAGCAAAAGUGCUCCGACGACUGCUCAGCUCAAAGACACCUGGCGCCCAGUCAAAAGGCGCUUGCAGCAGGCAAGUCAAGUGAUGGCACCGACACAGCAUCUCACUGGCACGCCUGCGACGUCUGUCAGUCAGGCAGACGUCCCUCUCAGCGUAUUGAGUAUCGAAAUGCACGCUCAGUCUCGUGGAGGUCUACUCCCGAAUCCAACAAAUGACCCAGUCCUCGCCAUUUAUUGGGCUUUUGAAGAUCUAGGGCUCGGUGGUCCAAUCAGGCAAGGCUGUCUAUUGAGUACGCAAGAGCUACCAAUGCAUGCAGCGGCGCGUGGUAUCCAAGUGCUAGAGUCGGAGCUCGACUUGCUCAAUGCUUUGGUUGAGCUUGUUAGAGAACUCGACCCAGACAUUGUCAUGAGCUUUGAGAUGCAAAACAGUUCUGUUGGCUAUUUGCAUGAACGAGCACAUCUCGCCUUCUCCUUUGACUUGUGUGAAGAGCUUGGUCGGUUCGUGCCCUCUGAAAAGACUCGGCAAGUUUUCCAUGAUCGAUGGGGCGAGACAACGGCAACGUCCGUCAAGAUUGCUGGACGGCAUGUACUCAAUUUGUGGCGUGUCAUGCGUGGCGAAAUGAACUUGUUGCAGUACACCCUGGAGAAUGUGUGCUUUCAUUUACUCAAGCGUCGACUGCCAAAGUACGAGGUACCCAAAUUGCAAAUCUGGCUUUCCAGCGAUAGUGUCGCAUGUCAGCAGCGCGUGUAUCGCUACUACACUCAACGCACGCGCCUCAAUCUCGAGAUUUGUCAAGUGCAAGGUUUGCUCUCUCGUGUCAGUGAACAAGCACGACUGCUUGGCAUUGACUUUUACUCAGUCUUCUCUCGAGGUUCGCAAUUCAAGGUGGAAUCACUCAUGUUUCGCAUUGCUAAGCCAGAGUGCUAUAUGCUCCUUUCGCCGAGUCGCAAACAAGUCGCACAGCAAAAUGCACUAGAGUGUCUGCCUCUUGUCAUGGAACCGCAAUCACAUUUCUACCAUGAUCCGGUUGUGGUCCUGGACUUUACCUCGCUCUACCCAUCUAUUGUGAUUGCCUACAAUUACUGUUACUCGACCUGCCUUGGCAAGUUGGGGUAUGGCGGCGUAGAGCCGAAGCUCGGCGUUACUUAUUAUAACGCUGAAGGAGUUAUGCGGCAGGCACUUGGAGAUGAUGUGGAGAUUGCACCAAACGGCGUCGUCUAUGCAAAGGCCAGCACACGCAAGUCACUGCUUGCUAAAAUGUUGACAGACUUGUUGGAGACGCGCGCCAUGGUCAAGCAAGGGAUGAAACUCACGAAGGAUAAGCGACUGCUCAAGUUGAUGCACAAUCGACAACUGGCUCUCAAGCUCAUUGCUAAUGUCACUUAUGGCUACACCUCUGCUUCGUUCUCUGGUCGAAUGCCCUGUAGCGACAUUGCCGACAGUAUCGUUCAGACUGGUCGUGAAUCCCUCGAGAUGGCGAUCGAGCACAUUUAUGCUCACCCUGACUGGAAUGCCGAGGUGGUCUAUGGCGAUACUGACUCGCUCUUCAUCAAGCUACCAGGCAGAACAAAGGAGGAGGCUUAUGCGCUGGGCCAGGCAAUGGCCAAGGAUAUCACCCGGCUGAGUCCCAGCCCUGUCAGCCUCAAGUUUGAAAAGGUGUAUCUGCCUUGUAUUCUGCUGGCCAAGAAGCGCUAUGUCGGCUUCAAGUACGAGUCGCCAACGGAUGAGCCGGUCUUUGAAGCAAAGGGCAUCGAGACGGUACGACGAGAUGGCACACCGGCAGAGCAAAAGAUUGAGGAAAAGGCCCUUCGCAUCUUGUUUACGACUGGUGACAUUUCCCAAGUGAAGCGCUACUUUCAGGAAGAGUGCUGGAAAAUCAUGACAGGCAAGUGCUCUCUCCAUGACUUUUGUUUUGCAAAGGAAGUCAAGCUCGGUCAUUACUCUACCAAGGGCGUUCCACCCCCUGGCGCCGUCAUUUCCGCGCGCAGUAUUGCGCGAGAUCCGCGUUCUGAGCCACAGUAUGGCGAGCGAGUCCCUUAUCUCGUCAUUUCUGGUCCGGCUCGUUCUCGCUUGACUGAUCGUUGUGUCGCACCGGAAGAGCUGCUCAACAAUCCAGACUUGCGGUUGGAUGUGGAUUACUACAUCACCAAGAACAUCGUCCCUCCCUUGGAACGCUUGUUUAGCAUCAUGGGCGUGCAAGUGCGAUCGUGGUACGAUGAGAUGCCGCGCAGUAAGAUUGAACGAGGCAAGCAGACGGGAAUGUUGGCUCAAUUCCUGAGUUCAUCGCAUUGUCCAGUCUGCCGGCAAGAUCAAAACAGGCCUGGUAUUUGUGCUACAUGCCUUGCCAAGCCUGAUUCGACGCAAUUCGACUUGACGAUGGCAGCGAGGGAGAGUGAGCGCGUGCACCGCGAUUUUUUGACCAUCUGUGCGUCAUGUUGUCGGCAGCCAGUAUAUGCAGAGGUAGCUUGCGUCUCGAAAGACUGCCCUGUCUAUUAUAAGCGGAUUCGUAGUGAGCCCGCAGUAGACUUGGAGGUGUUGCUUCAUAGUCAGGUUUAGGUUCGACAUAGCAGUUCAAGUUUGUGC